AGGAUUUUCGCACUGAGUAGUGCAAAGCUAGCUAGACGUGUCGGCAGCUUCCAAUUCUUCGGGAGAUUGUACGGAAAAGAUGGAAAAGAAUGCUGAAGAAGCUGAAAAGGAAGGAGUCGUCUCGAAAAGAAAUCUGGAGGAUUCGCAGAACGAAGAACACACUUCUAAAGCUAAGCGAAAGAAGCUGACAAAAUCUGGUACAGAUAUACAAUGGAAAUUUUGGUAAGCUUGAUAAUUCGGCUUAAAAUAAGCCUAUAUGCUCUAAUAACUAAUGAAAGACCAGUGAUAAAAAAACCAGGCGUUUUGCAAUCUGCCCUGGAACUUAAAUCUGGACAAAAGCGGUUGCAGAGUUUGCAUUGUUUUUGUGUUAGCUACCGUAUUCUCGAAAACCUUAAUCUUGCUUGCUUGCUGAGAGUGCAUUAAAUUCUAAGCCUUUGAUUGAUGAUAUCAAAAAUUAAGGAAUAGACUACAAGCUAGCGUGGUGUAUUACAAUUGGUUAUCAGUAUGGUCUUAUGACCCUUAUGAUACUAUAUACUGCUCAAUUCUGAAAUAGGACGACUCCUAUGCAAUGCACAACUGUUCGCCCCCAACCCAGACCUCUCCGUUAUUAGUGCCUAUAUUCAUCACAGAUAGCCCAAGCUCGAAAUAUGAGCAUCGGCGAACAUCAGCAUUGUUGCGUAAUGUUAUAUAUUUUGAAUGUUAUGCAACAAUGCCGAUGUUCACCAUUGCUCAUAUUUCCAUCUUGGGCUACCUGUGGAUUCAAAUUAAGAGAUUAGUAUUCACACUAAUGUUGGCUGGAAGAGAUUCAACCUUACCUGGGCUACUUAUCUUCUUGGGAGGGCAGUACUCUCGCCUAGUCCCUAGGUCUCAUUAUUUCCACGCGGGCUAUGCGUUUUUGGAUCAUAUGGUCUGAGUGAUAUCAUCUCAGAUACAUCACUGACAUGAAUAGGCCACUUGCACUAAGAUGUCACGUGACCAAUGCUUCCUUUAAACAAUGAGUUGGACUAUUGCUGAUGCCAAAAAUUGACAGAGCACAUAAAAAUUAUCUUAUACCCAAAAUUUGAGAGGAAACGCAUUUAAGGGAGAUAUUUUAUGGCACUUUGAUUUUUCAACAAAAUAGUAUGAUUUGUAUUAGCCGCCAUGUUGGAGGGCAUACUCUUGCCCUCCAACAUUGCGGCCAAAACUACUUUUUGCUUAUAUCUUGUUAAAAGUUUGAUAGUUACACUCAGAUGUGCUGUAAACUUUAACACAUCAUCUUUUCAACAUUUUCCUUGUAGUUUAAGUGCAAAAUUUGUGUUCAGAAAGAGGUAAUUUAUACAGUUUUAAAAAUCUCAUUUUGGUCACGUGACUAGCUAUGAACUUACUCAUUCUAAGAAAAUGGUGUGAUUUUGAAAAACCAAAUCACUAUUAUUUUGUUUAAGAUAUGACCCACUAAUUGUUUUUCGAAGGCAAAACCAUAUAACUUUCAUUUUCAUAAAAACAAUAUCACAUGACCUCGUAGUGCAAAUGGCCUAUUGACCGAGCAUGUCUGGUACAGUGACUGGGCAAGAGCGGGGGUACUCCCCCCCCCCCCCCCCCAAAAAGGGGGGGGUCCCCCCCCCCCCCCCCCGUCAAAAUCCCCAAAAUCCCUUAGACUUAGAGGGAAACCUGUAAUACUGUGCCUGAACCGAAAUAUAUUAAUAACACAAAAAUUCCCUUGCCUAAUUUCAAGAAUGGAAGCAUUGUAGAGCAAAACCACUAGAGAAAUUUAAACAAAGCCUCCCUUUAACAGCCAAGGCCACUUUUUGGGUUUUCCUAUAACCUCUUGUAAGCAACAAGUGGGCAGAACUAAAAGACCACUGAAAGCCAUACACAGUGUAUCUGUGACAGGUCAAAUUUGAUUUCAGGUUAAUUUUGAUUUAUUAAACUUAGGUUGAUUCUUAAUUUCCUUUGUCUCCUAGCCCUAGUUCAUGAAUAAUUAGGGCUAAGAGACAAAGGAAAAAGGAGAAUCAACCUAGGUUAAAAAAUUUUACCUGAAAUCAUGUUUGACCUGUAACAUAACUAUCUGUUGCACUAGUAUAUGGUACCAUAUGACCAUAAUUAUGUACAGGUGAAGACAAUAAUAAUAAUAAUAAUAAUAAUUAUUAUUAUUAUUAUUAUUAAUAAAUUAUAAUAAAUUAAUUAUUAUAAAAGAACUUGUUGGGACUUCAGAAAAGGUGGCCGCGAUUGCAUAAUAGACAUGACUGCUUGAUACAGGUCAGUUGUACAGUAAUUCAAGGAAACUAUUUCCACGACUUUGGUAAGUGGGCUUCUGGGAGAAUUAUCAUUUAUUUCCUUGGGUUGUUUUGCUUCGGUAACAUUGAGAUCAAAUCAUAUCAUUUACAUUAUGAAGGCAGCAAGGUCGAGCAGUUAGAGCGCUGGACUUGUGAACUUGAAUAAGUAAGUAUUUUAUUAUUAUUAUUAUUCAAAAAUAGAGGGUGACUGCAUAAUAGAGGUUUGAUUCUAAUUGCAAGUAAUGAAUAUUAAUUGUACUGUACUUCUUUCAAAAGAAGAUGACUGUAGUUUUGUUAUUAACUUUGUACUUAAUUCUUGCUAUGUGUAACAUUUCUCAAGGGUCUUGAAGAACUACAGUUUUCAAGAAGGAAGUCUAACCCGUUUAAAGGACAUUCUAGAAUGUGCUGGAAGAGAGAAGGAAGAGUUUGGGUUUAGUACCAAUCUCAAGUUACACACCAUGGGUAGGAUCCUAAGUGAUAUAUGGGAUGGCAAGGUCAAGCGUGUAAGAAGAGGUCCACGUGGUGAUCAAAAGACCCAUUACAUGAACUUGACUCUUAAACAAAAUCGGGUGCAGUCUGUUGAUGGUGACUUGGUGCUUGGUUUUGAAGAAAUGGCUAAAGACGAUUAUGUGCUGCCUAAAGGCUGGUUUAAAGUUGUGGACAACCCAAAGAAGAUCAGUCUAAUACGUCCUGGGACCUGGGAGUUUGAAAAGCGGCGAAUUUUGACUGAAAUAUCAAUGGAAUUGUGUUCAGAGAAAGGAGUUAAGUGUGUAAUCAAAUCCCAUGGAAAUGAAGUAAGUUUGGAGGACUUGAAAUUGCAAAAGAUUUGUGAGGAUUUGCCAGUGACAGCUCAAGCUAAAAUGAUUAUAGAGCUUCUUGAAAAUUCGGGCACUUGCCUUGGCUGUCGUUUUGAACAAGAAAUGAUGUCAAUGGUGCCACACAGAGUAGGAAUGUUCAGAUCAUUAACAGAUCCUGACGCUUCGCCUGAAAGUGGUGCAUUUUCUUCUAAGUGUAAGUUAAUCUCACCAUCAGCUGCUCAUCAAUCAUGUACAUCUUGUUCUUAUCUAAAAAAGCUUGGUGAGAAGAGGAAGGAAAGAAGAGAAAAGAGACCUUCCAUUGACAAGCAUUGCAAUAAACGGUACCUUACAAAGGAAGAGAUUGAGUUGCAACUAAGAGAAGAGCAAAGAAUAAAAAAAAAUAAGCAUCGUCGAGAGUUAUGUCAAAUGAGUGCUUCGGAGAGUGAAGAUGAUGAAAACCAGGAUUCAGAAAGUGAGGACAACAACAGCUCAUCGCCAGAAACCUGUGCUGAGGAGUGGGUGAUAAAAAAUGGCUCAGAAAAGUUGACCCUUUGCCGAAUGUAGGGAGUUAUCUGUUCAUCCACCCUGUUUUUAAUAGAUUUAAGAGGCUUGUUCGUGAUGACAUCUAUAAUGAUGAUGACAGUGGUCAAUGGUUCAUAGUUGUGAUGGUGAUGAUAAAUGAUGAUGUUGACCAACACUUAUGUUUUUAGAGGUUGUGAUGAUGACAAAAAUGAAGAUACAGUUGAACACCUUACAACCAACUCAUUUAUAGUCAUUAUAUCCAAAAUUUUAUGGACCCACUUCAGUCAUGUUAAAAGCAUUCCACUCUAUAUGGAUCGUACGUUGAUGUUGUGAUGGUGAUUUCUAUAAUAAUGGUAUUGGUGUGAUGAUGAUGUUGAUGAUACUGACGAUGAUGAUGAUGGUGGUGGUGGUAGUUGUGAUGAUUUGGUUACAAUACUGGGGACCACACGGAGAGACCUUACCUAAAUUUUUCUGCAAAUUGAAAAAAUUCAUAGAGAUGUUUAAAAGGUCUUACCAGAUACAGUGCUUUUUUUGACACUAGAUCAGGAUUCUGCUUGUUUUUGAGAUUCGCAACAGAUU